CGAACAUAAUUACAUAUCUCUUAUAUCUUAAAAUAUUCACGGAAGCCCCCGAUAUAUCCGAUCGGUUAGGUAUCAUCAUAUUCAUUGACUAUGCGAGUCAACCCCUUUCCAUAAAUAUGUGACACAAUGAGGAGUAUAAAUAAAAGCAGGCUUUACCUCAUUCUCGAGACCUCCAUCACUUGAACUUCAUCAUAUAUCUUUUGAUUCAAAGUCAUACACAUAUAUCAUGGAGGUAAUGCUCAAGGCUCCGAAUGGCACCAAGUGGUCACAGCCACUAGGCCUAUUCAUCAACAACAAGUUCGUGAAUAGUAGCGAGGGCAAGACGAUUCCCACGAUUAACCCCACAACCGAAGAAGAAAUAUGCGCCCCCCAAGCCGCCACAGCAGCAGACAUCGACACCGCAGUGCAAGCUGCACGCACAGCCUUCAAACACCCAUCCUGGGCGAACCUCACCGGCCGCGAGCGCGCCGUCCUCAUGCACAAGCUCGCGAACCUCAUCUCACAGCACGGGGACGUAUUAGCCGCCAUCGACGCCAUCGACAACGGCAAGACGUUCGCGACAGCGAAGCACUUCGAAGUCCCCUGGGCCGUCGAAGUGCUGCGCUACUACGCGGGCUGGGCCGACAAAAUGUACGGCCAGACGGCGGACUGCGGCCCCGACCGCGUCGCGUACACGGUCAAAGCGCCCGUCGGCGUCGUCGCGCAGAUUAUCCCGUGGAACAUGAAUAUCGGGUUCGUCGGCAUGAAGCUCGGGCCUGCGAUCGCGUGCGGGAAUGCGGUCGUGUUGAAGGCGUCGGAGGCGUGUCCGCUUUCCGUGCUGUAUAUCGCGAAGUUAGUUAAAGAAGCGGGGUUUCCGCCCGGCGUGGUGAAUUUCGUUAAUGGCUAUGGCGGAGACGCGGGGGCGGCGCUGGUUUCGCAUCCGGGCGUCGAUAAGGUUUCGUUUACGGGGAGCACGGAGACGGGGAAGGCGAUCAUGCGGCUUGCGGCUGCGACGCUGAAGGGGGUUACGUUGGAGACGGGUGGGAAGACCCCGGCUAUUGUGUUUGAGGACGCGGAUUUGGAUAAUGCGGUUAUGUGGACGCAUCGUGGGGUUAUGGCGUACUCGGGCCAGAUGUGCUUUGCGAACUCGCGCGUUUUGGUCCAGGAGGGCGUUUAUGAUGCCUUCUUGGCUAAGUUUAAAGAGCAGGUUUCCCAGGUCUCGGUGCUGGGAGAUCCGUUUGAGAAGACGACUUUCCAGGGCCCGCAGGUGUCGAGGGUGCAGUAUGAGAAGAUCCUUGGGUAUAUACGUGGGGCUAGGGAGGAGGGCGCGACGGUGUUUAUGGGCGGCGAGCCGGCGGCGUUCGAUGGGAAGGGAUUCUUUGUCCAGCCGACCGUGUUCACGGAUGUGAAGCCCGGGAUGAAAAUCUACCGCGAGGAGAUCUUUGGGCCGUGUGUUGCUGUCGUCCCUUUUAAGACGGAGGAGGACGCCUUAGAGAUGGCGAACGAUACCGCGUACGGUCUCUCCUCGUGCGUUUUUACCAGUAGCAUCGCGAGAGCCCACCGCGUUGCUAAUGGGUUCGAGGCCGGUCAGGUGUACAUCAAUUCUUCGAGCACGCCGGAUAUCCGGCUCCCGUUUGGUGGCACAAAGCAGUCGGGCAUCGGUGCGGAGAAUGGGGAGGCAGGUUUGCUGCCUUAUUACUAUACUAAGUCUAUCUAUAUCAACUUGAAGGUCUAGGGUAUUAUGUAUUAAAUUAACUUGUGCUUCGGUUUAUAACAUUUGUCCUGGUACUAUGUGUGCUAUUUUAGAAUUACUGAAAUACGUGGUGACGCUCAUGGUGGAUAAAAGUGGAGAAAGGGGUAAAUAGGGGCAUUAUGAUUAUGCAAUGGAUUGAGAUAGCUGAUAUGUUUCUAGGAUUCUUGCCUACUGAAAUUUCAA